AUGGCUUCUACCUCCGCCCAACCAGUCAUGGACGAUACCCGUCGUUCCGAGAGAGCCAACUCGGAAUUGCCUGAUGAGCCUGGUCCAUCCGGGGAACGGAAGACCAAGACAUACAAGAGAUCUCGUUCAGGAUGCUUCACUUGUCGCUUGCGACGGAAGAAGUGUGAUGAGAUCCGGCCGAUCUGCUCUACAUGCACUAAGCUUGGUCUGAAGUGCAAUUAUGUGACCCCUAAGUGGUGGGCCACUAAGGAGCAGCGUGGGGUGCAGAAGGAAAGGAUCAAAGAAAGGAUCCGACAGACGAAGGUGAUGGAGAAGGAGGGCAACUUGCAAAAGUAUAGAGACCGGAUUUCUGCUCUCGUCCCAAAGCCUCCGGAGUCUGAGGGAACGAGCUCCAGUCAUGCAGCGUCCAUGGGCCAAGCUAUUACCAUUCCUCAGUCUCUUCCUACCCCGGUCACUCCCAAUCCUAAUCCGUUCCAAGUUCAGCAAGAUGUCGCUCUGAGCACUGGAGUUGUAUCAGCAUCCCCAGCCUUGCCCCAGAGCUCGCCAGUUCCCCAGGCCUCUUUCUUGGCGCAGACCCCAUCGUUGCCCCAGUCUGCGGCUUUCUCUCAGACCCCAGCACUUCCUCCAACCCCAUUAUCAGCUCCUCCCACCUCGACAUUUGCCCAAUCGCCCAUUAUUCCCCAGGUUCAGACGUUCACUUCAACUGCGGGUGCUCCCCAGCUACAGCUGGUGUCUCGAGUGUCGAUCCAGCCAUCUCCUCAGACGGAGACGUUCACUCGUCCACCUUUGCCGCAAUAUAGCGGGCAGGGUCCUUCUUCAGUGCCGCCUCCAACGCCCCGGCUUCCUCACAGGGAGUUGGCACGUCCACCCUUCAGUCUCCCACAGCCUUACAACCAGGACUUCUUCGAUAAUAUGGCCAACGGAGGCUCCGAUAGCACAGAUGCUCAGCUUCCUCUUUACGAAUCGGUGCGGGGACUCAUCUCUGUUGACAAUAAUGCCCAGCCGCUUCUGCAACACUUUGUCGGCUACGUCCUGCAUACUGUCUUCCCGAUCUUGGAAGCAAGGCAAGGCCCUCGUUUGCACAUAAAUGAGAUCCUGGGCCUGAUGCAAAACAACCGGGCGUACCUUCGAUGCUGCCUCAGCGCGGCAGCUAUCCACCUCAAGUACACCCUAGGCUUGGACGACCAAAUGGAUCACGACAUCAUGGAGCAUCGCUACGCAGCCAUCUCGCAGCUCUCCAAUGUCCUCAACAGGGAAAGCGGGCAUCUGCAGAACCUUGACGCUACACUCGGUCUGAUCUUCUACAACUCCUUCGUGGCAACCUCAGAAGAUUAUUUGGAUGAUAUCCCGUGGAACCACCACUUCAAAGGCGCUGCCACUCUCAUUAAGAAGCUCAUCAACCCUCCCAGUUCUCUGAGCGUCGCACUCGUUGCAUGGAUCGAUAUUAUUGGAGCUACGAUGCUAGGGGCAACGCCGGAGUUCGCCCAUACCUAUCGGCAAAGACAUGUAACAGGUAUCCGUUCUGGUCUGCAACAUGUUAUGGGUUGCGAUGACCGUAUCAUGUACCUCAUUUCGGAGAUCGCAUGUCUAGAAUCGCUGUGGCUUGAGGGCAAUCUCGAAGAACUGGAUCUGUAUCAACACGUCUUCGCACUCAACGAGCAGAUCAAUUGGACCGAAGCGACCGACUCACCUGUCGAAGCCCCUUACGACUCCAACGGAGUCAUCAUCGCAGAUAAGUUGGUCACGCUGAUCACGGCGCUCUUUCGACUGGCAGCGCGGCUCUACGCUCACAGCAUCCUCCCGACCUUCGAAAGCUACGAUGCCACCGUCAUGAGCUGGGUUACCAGAAUUGGCGACAUCAUUCAGAUGAUUCCGACCGGUCGCACCGGUUACGAUCGCUGUCUGGCCUGGCCGUUUUUCAUUGCGGGUUUGUACUCCGUUCCCCCCAGUCAGUUCCGGAAGAUCUUGUCGGAGAGAAUCGCUGCCCUGGGCUGCCUAGGGAAGUUCGGAAGUAUCGGUCGGGUGUAUCGUGUCCUGACAGAGGUCUGGAGGAUUGCUGACGCGACCGCCUCUCUACCUGGAAGCGGCACAAGGCCUCCCAAAUUCCGUGUUAGUCAGUCCGUUGCAGCUGAAGAGGCCUGUCAGGCAACAAUUCAGCAGCAUCGGAGUCCGCUGGAUGUCGAAGAAGUAGGUGAUGAGCACCACGAUGGGGAGCAAGAAGCUCAGGAGGAGCAGAGUCCUGAGCCACCGAUUCAGGAGCAGCACGGUGAGGAGCACCAAGAUCACGAGAAGGAGAGCGAAGAGCCAGAGAAGCGCUACAUCUACUGGCGAGAAGUUAUGCGGGCCAACAACUGGGAGUACUUGCUGAUGUAG